AUGGGACCAGUUCGCAAACUUCGCAAGAUCGCCAAGGUCGAAGAGGUCAGUUUUGACCCAGCAGACCGAGAGGAAUUCUUGACUGGAUUCCGAAAACGCAAGCAGCAGCGCAUCAAGCAUGCGCAAGAAAUUGCUGCGAAAAGAGCAAAAGAAGAGAAGCGCCUUGAUCGCCAAAAGAUUCGAGCAGAGCGCGCAGCCGAGUUUCAACAUGCGAUAGAAGAGCACAAGCGACAACUCAAGCUCCUGAAGGCGGAGGAUACCAGCGAUAACGAGAUUGGCGAAUCUGGAUCAGACGACGAAAGCGACGAGGAAUGGCAGGGGAUUGAGGAACCACCCGCGGUCGACUACGAAGCCGAAUACAUCGACGAAGACAAAUAUACUACCGUCACAGUGGAAGAGAUAGAUUCUUCAAGAGACGGUCUGCGAAAAUCAAUCCUUGGGGAAGACGUUGAGGCAGAGAACAAAGCGAAGGCAGAGAAGGCGGCGAAGCGUUUGGCGCAGGAAGAAGAAGAAGCCGCUCGAUUGGCCAAAAAGAGAAAACCCACGGCGGACAAGCCCAAGAAGAAAAAGAAGCAAUUCCGGUACGAAAGCAAGCAAGAUCGCAAGCUUGCUGCAGCGAAACAGCGUCUGUCCAAAGCAAAGAAGGCUAAGGCGCGGCGAGAGAAAUGA